AUGUUAGAUUUGGUUGAAAGUGAAUACGUGACUCUUUCGCUUGUUGGAGAUGUUCCAUGGGAGAUGUUUAUUGAUGUCUGCAAGAAGCUGAAGAUAAUGAAAGGAUGUGAUGCUAUUGGGGCACAAAUUGUGGGUUGGCCUCCUGUGAGAUCCUAUAGGAAGAACACAUUGGCCACCACUUGUAAGAAUAGUGAUGAAGUUGAUGGGAGGCCAGGUCCUGGGACCAUGUUCGUAAAGGUCAGUAUGGAUGGUGCUCCUUGUCUGAGGAAAGUUGACCUGAGGAGCUACGCUAACUACGGGGAGCUUUCUUCAGCCUUGGAGAAAAUGUUCACCACUCUCACUCUAGGUCAAUGUGGAUCUAAUGGAGCUGCUGGGAAGGAUAUGCUUAGUGAGACCAAGCUUAAGGAUCUUUUGAAUGGAAAAGACUAUGUGCUCACUUAUGAGGAUAAGGAUGGGGACUGGAUGCUUGUUGGAGAUGUUCCAUGGGAGAUGUUUAUUGAUGUCUGCAAGAAGCUGAAGAUAAUGAAAGGAUGUGAUGCUAUUGGGUUAGCUGCAGCUCCGAGAGCAAUGGAGAAAUCGAAGAUGAGAGCUUAAAAGAUGGAACAUGACAAAGCUUUCUAAUUAUACAAAAUAUGUGCGAUCUUUUGGUGGUGUUUUUAAAUUUCAAAACAUCAAUAUCUUUUAAGUUUCUGAGAUUUUAAAAAGAAGUAAGUAAGACUACGAAUGUAAGGAAAUGAAGAAGAAUUAAAAAUGAUCUUAUUUUUGUUGUUGUUUGUUGCUUUAGUCGAACCAGUAAACUGGUCGUUGUUUUAUGUUUUGGGUUUGAUUUGGAUGUGUGGUUGACUUCUAUCUUUGAGAUAUUAUUUGAUGUAACUCUCUUUUUUUUUU